AUGCUUUUUCUUUUUAUAUUUCUUAUUUUUUUUUUUGUCUCAACACACGGUAUUAUUGUAAGAAAAAGAAAAACAAUACAUGGAAACCCCAAUUAUGGUCUUAACUGCAACUUGCACACAACAUAUACCUCUUCAGGAGUAUGUCUAAACAGCGUUUUGAGCUUUUCAUUAGAUACAGGGAUAAUAUGCACUUCAAAUGUGAUCAAUUAUAAUGAAUUAAUUAACAAGAAAAAUUGCACCUUUGUUACAUGCCUUAAUAAUGAUUAUAGAAGCAUAUAUAACGUACUCAACACAGUAAGCAAGAAUAUCAUUCUAACUCUUAGGAAAUGGCAAAAAGAAAGAGGUAAGAAGACAAAAAAUGGAAAAAGAAUAGAUUAUUAUUUGCAAAAACUUAUGGUUAAAGGGGGUACUCUUUUAACAGCACAUAAUACAGGGAAAAUUGGAUACUUUUUAGAGACAAUUCCUUCGGUUGGUACGUUAUUUAUCAGUAGAUCAUUAUCAAUUCAACAAAAAAAGCGAAAUGUGUAUAAUAAUUUUUGGUCCAUUACAAGGAAAUCAUCAGGGAGGUGCCUUGAGGAAUUAAUAAAUUUAGAUACAAAUGCAAAAGUUGAAAAAAAAAGGAAUUCAAUAAGAAGAAAAUAUAAAAAGGAGAAAGAAACAGAAAAAAAAGUAGAUACACACAAAUGGGAGGAAGUCACUAGGAGUAUACACAGGAAAGAACAUAAAAACAAUGCUGAAUAUAAGGUGGAAUAUGGAAAUAAUGGAAUAAGAAUAAUAAAACUAUUAAAAUCUAUUUUUUUAGAUGGAAAAAAUCCCACGAAUAUGCCAAAGGGAAAAAAUAAUCUUUUGAAGAAUAUUGAACACGCAACUGAAUUUAUUGAAAAUUCUAAAACUACCGUUAAAGCUGCGACCACAUACUUUUUGUCUAACCAAACAUUUAUAAGAAGUAAAAAAACAAAAACUACGUUAAAAAUAAAGGGAAACGGUCUAGACAAUUUUAUAUAUAAGGAAAUACUUAUUUUUGAUUCCUUUGAAAACUGUGAAGGGAAUAUUAUAACUAGUAUUGCCAUAGAAGAAACAACAGCUUUUCAUAUUUUAACAAAAGUUUUUGAGAUAAAUGAAUUAGGGACGUUUACUGUUUGUAUCGUUAUAGAUACCCCAUUACCUGUUGCAUUGUUAAAUGUACAAAAUAAAUUAAUUCAACAAAUAGAAUCAUUAAGUGAUACAAAUUCUAUAUCUACAUUUAAUUGUUCUAUGGAUGAUUAUUCUAUAUUAAUUCCUAACAACAAUAAUGUAGUAAUUGUAAAAAUAGAUGAUAGUGGUAAUUUGUCACAGAAAUCGAAAAAUAUUGAACAGUUCACAAAAAUUUUACCAACAGUAACAAAUAUAUUAGCUUGUUCUUCUUCCCUAAAUUACAUUGCAUUGCUAGAUGUAAAUGUUGUCUUUAUCUUCAGUAAAGACCUUAAUGUUUUACAUGAAACAAUUGUUCACCAUUUGACUAACCCAAUUGGGAUAUUUUUAGAUAAAUAUAUUAUAUAUAUUACAGAUGCGGAUAGAAAAAAUAUUUUCCAGUAUAAAUCAAAACAUAUAUACACAAGGUUGCCUAUUUCAUCGGAAUUUCAGAAUAAAAGUGAACAUAUCAAACUGGAGAAAAAGGGAAAAACAGAAGGAGACAAAGAAGUUAAAUAUUCUUGGAUUAAAAACACAAAUGAUGAUAAGAAGAAAGGUGAAAACAUAGAAGUACCAAAAAAAAAUUCUUACAGAGACCUCAUGGGGAAAAUUUUUGCAUCAUCAGCGAAAGAUAAAAAACUAGAUUUGAAAGUGAAUGAUAAUAAUUUGGAAUUAAGCGAAAGAGAAGAAUUAUUUAAUCUGCUAAAACAUAAAACAGGAACUGUACACCUCAACGGCCUGAUGCCUAAUUAUGUCACGUUGGUUUACCCUGCAGGUAUUGUUGUAGAAGAAGAAAAAGUGUAUUUCGUGGAUUCAGUGCAACAUGUACUAUUUUGCUAUUCGCUGGAGGAGAAAAAAAUUAUACACACAUUUGGUUAUUUAAAUUCUCCAAUCAUGAGCAAUAUUGGUUUAAACAAGCCAUUUUCGUUAUCCCUAUUUAUAGUGAAGGAAAAGAAAAAAAGUCUCUUAUUUUUGAGUGAAUUGUCUAGUUCAACAAUAUUAAUAUUUGAAAUAAAUAAUUCUAUUAAAUUGUAUCUAACCUAUAGUGAUAUUGCCCUAGAUAUUGCCACUUCUAUAGUAGUAACAUCCAAAUUUUUAAUCGUCUGUGGAUUAAAACGAAAUAAAGAAAAUUACGUAAGCUAUGUUACAUAUAUAAAAAUCGAAGAGUUAUCUGAGCUCGAAAUCGAGUAUAAUUUAUUUUCUUAUUCUUUGCACUACGGUCAAAUGGUACGCAUGACACCUCUAAAAAAAAGUAGUAAUAUAACAACAUUUGCCUUGAGACAAUAUGAUGGAAAAACAAAUGAAGAUAUAGACACUGGAUUAAGUAUAAAUAAAUAUAAUGGAAUUAUAAGUGGUAAAAUAAAAAUCUCUGCUUGGUUUCAUAUGGAAAUAAAAGUAUAUGAUUAUUUUAAUGAAAAAAUAUUAAGAUUCAAAAAUUUUGUCUCCAUGUGUGCUAAAGGAUUUUUUUUUAAAUCCAAAAUUUGCGUCCCAUGUCCUGUAGGAUAUUAUAGUGUUAAUACAGAUAAACUCAUUUGCUCCAACUGUGAAAAACAUAAAAAGCAUUCAACUACAUCAUAUAGUGGAUCAAUUAACAAAAAUGAAUGUUUAUGUAAACCUGGAUACUACUUGAAGAGUAAAAAACAAUGUGAAAAAUGUCCUGCAGGAUAUUAUAAAGAUAAAGUAGGAGAUUUUAAAUGUCAGUACACAUGUGAACAUAUGAAAAUUAGUGUCGUUGAAGGAGCGACUAGCUAUGAAGGCUUAAAGUGUGCAUGUAAGGAUGGAUACUAUACAGAUAAUAAGUCGAAAUGUAUUAUUUGUCCUAUCAAUCAUUAUUGCAUAUAUAAUCCAAAAAAUCUUAUACAAAAAGCGGAUAUUAUUCAUUGUCAGGAAAAUGCCAUUACUUUAACAAGAGGAUCAAGUUCACCUAAAGAGUGUGUAUGUGCCCCUGGGUAUUAUUAUGAUGAAAAUGCACAUACCUGUAAACAAUGUGAAUACAACACCUUCAAACAAAACGGUGGUAAUAAGUCAUGUACACCGUUUAUAACUAACCCAGUAUCUACACAAAAGUUUUUACCUAAUGAAAAUUAUUUUGAACAUUCAAAUGUUCUCUUGAGAAAAACAACAAACGAUAUUUUUUCUCCAAAAAGAGGUUCAUUCUCUUUUACUAGUGCUAAGUUAUGCGAAACAGGCUAUUUCUACAGUCAUAACAAGUCCAUUUGUUCUAUAUGCAGAUAUAAUGGAUAUUGUCGAGGGUUAUAUGAAGCAGUUACUGCUUGUCCUAAAAAUUCAUUUACUGUGAAAUUAAAAAGUGUUACACCUCUGGACUGUUUAUGUGAAAAGGGAUAUGGAAGAGUAGUUGUGAAAAAACCAAAGUUUUUUGAUAUAUUUUGUGUCCCUUGUCCAUAUGACACAUUUCAGCAACAUCAUUCUUAUGGCGAAUGCAUUCCUUGUCCUGCUCAUACAUUCACUAUUUCCACAGCAUCUACUUCUAUAACAGACUGUUUACCCAAAAAUGGAUACUACAGCUUGUAUUUUCAGUAUAUAUAUGAAUAUUCAAAAAAUAAGUUAAUUCAAAAUAUUCCUCGUUUUUUGCAACAGUAUCGUCAGUAUCUGAAUGAUCAAUACAAAAAACUGGGGGGAAAAUAUUUUAAUAUAAUGCAACAAAAGGGAGGUAGUUAUAAUGACUUAAGUAAUUAUGACGCGACAAUAAGGGAUUAUACUAAUAACAUUUGUUACCCUACUGAUAAUCAGAAGGAUAAGGAAAAGUAUGUGAAUAAGAAAGAAGACCUACAAAAGGAUCACUGCAAAGUGCACGAUAAAUGGAAUUAUGCAAAUGGAUAUAAAAAUGCUAGUUCCAGAAUUAAAAUUCCCAAAAUACAAAAUAAUAUACGUAAUUUAAAAGGAAUGUAUAAUAACGUGUUUCAUACAUGUUAUCUGAAAAAUGUUAUUCUCAUGGACAGGUCAAAAAUCGUUCAAUUUAUUCAACAAAAGGGUUCUAUAUUUUCGCUAGCCAAUUCGCAAGUAGAAAACAGUCAUUCACAGAAAAUUCAGAAGAAUAAAAGUUAUCCCUUUCAAAGAAGUGUCUUCCUUUCUAGAGAAGAUAAAAAAGUGAAGUCUUCAAAAUAUGAAAGUUCAUCGUUGAACAAUGAAAAAAAUACUAUAUUGAAAAUUCAUAAUAAGGGAGAAGCACUGUUAGAUGCAACAGACAAAAUAUAUUUAGAGGAACCACAUCAGGGUGAUACAUCGAUAAUCCCAACGAAUUUAAGGGAAGUAAUGAUGAGGUCAUAUGUACGAAAAUUUAACGCCAUCGUACAGAAUCAAAGAGAUAUAGUGACUCUGAUAAAGACAAGAGAAGAAACUUACAUUGACAAUAAACAAAAGGAAAUAAUAUACACAUGUUACGAAAUUGAUAGGGAAAUAGUUCUAGAAAAAAAUGUAUACAUGUUCACUAUCCCUGAACUAGAUUUAAAAAGUUGUCUAAAUGCAUGCAUAUCUAAUAUGUACUGCACAGGUAUAGAAAUGAAUAGAACAACUUAUAAGGGGAGAAAAAACUUAUUUUUCCUCUUAAAUACAAGUUAUGGAAGAGAUCUGAUACAUUAUUACAAAUGCAAUUUAUAUUUAUAUGAGGAAAUUACCUCCUAUUAUGAAAAAGAAAACAUUAAAAAAAUUGAAAAUAUACAUAAUUAUGAUGACUCUGAAAAGAUAACUGGCUGUACAAUUAAAAAAAACGAGACCCUAAAUUUGUGGAGAGUAUAUGCUUUGGAGCUAUGUCCAAAUAACUAUUACUGCAACAAAAAAUCAUUUAAAAAAAGGAAAUGUCCCUUAAAUUCUGUCAAAAACAGCUCCCAAGGAACGAUUAAUAAUUGUUUAUGUUCACCUGGGUAUGCAUUCCAGAAAAAUUUAAACUCAUGCACUCCAUGUGAAAAAGGAACUUAUAAAAGUUCUAAGUCAAAUGACAAGUGCAAAAAAUGUCCCCUCAAUUUAACUACAAUUUCUGAAGCAUCUAAUUCCAUUUACGAUUGCAUAUGCCGAGAGGGGUAUUAUUUUGAGGGGAAUUUUAACGUUAAAUUGGUAGACACCAAAAUAGAACAAAAAAUUUUGGAAGCUAUCAAUAAAAUGAAUAAAAAUGAAAUUUUAUUUCUACCAAGUGGAGGUAAUAAAGUGAAGGAUUCAUUUUUUCAAAUGAAGUCAAUAAGAAGAAAAAAUAUACAUCCAAAAAAAAGGCAAGCAGUUUUGAGUACUAUUCCACAAGGGAUGAAAGAAAAAACGUGGAAUGGAAAAAAGGAAUCUUGGGAAGAGAUUAACAUACAUAUUUUAAAAAAUAGAGAAAUAAUAGCUUCAGUUAAAGAUACAAAUUUUAUACAAACAGAGCACACACCACGACACAUUUUUCACACCACCCAUUCAGUGGAAAAACACAACAACAGGCUAAUUAAUCCAAGGGUUGAGGCUAAAAUAGUUCAUGGACAUACAGAAAAUUUGUCUUACGGAAUGUGCACUAAGUGCCCUGAUAAAAUGUUUUGUCCAGGUUUUUGGCUUAAAAAAUUCGAAAGGGAACUUCACCACCCACCAAUAUUUUGCCCGAAAGGAUCAACAAUACCCAAAACAACGUUAGAAUCUACAGAUAUAAAUAAAUGUAUAUGUGGAAAAGGAUAUAGUAUAAAUGUAGGAAAUAACAACAACAAUGGAAGUAAUAACGAAUUGUGUGUAAAAUGUAAAGAAAGAUACUACAAAGAUGUAGUAGAUAAUUCCCCAUGUUCUGGUUUGUGUAUGGAAUCUUCAACUUCCUUCCAUGGAUCAAUUAACAAAAAACAAUGUUUCUGUUCUAGAGGUAGUUAUAUGAUACAUGAGUCUUCCCUCGAAAUGAAAUGUGUGCAUUGUCCUAAAGGAGCCCUAUGUAUUGGAGGUUUAAAAUACCAAUCGUUAAAAAAAUUAAUCAAAGAUCCAAAUUAUACUGAUAUAGAAAUUAAUGAUCACAUUAUUCCAUUCCCUCAGAAGGGUUACUUUGCCACUCUUGAAAUAAAACAUGUAGAUUUUUCAUGGUCUCCAUUAAACUCACUGAAUCAACAGAUAAAUAAUUACGAAAAAAGUGAUAUAAUAAUAAAAAAAAAAAACAUCAAAAUGAUAUUUGGUAAAAGGAUAAAAUAUAUUACCCUCGAUAGAAAGAGAAUAACAAACGAGCAGAAUAAUAAUAAAGAAAUAAAAUCAGGAAAUAAAAUAGAACUAGAUUAUUAUACGGUUGAGGAAAAGAAUACACUAGACAAAACUGGUACAAUACGUAUUUUGGUCGAUGAAAAAUUGGAAAAAUUAAAAUACAAAAACGAGUAUUUAACUGUGGAUAGAAUACCUGAUUUUCAUUUGUGUCCGAUUAGUAAAAGAUGUAUAGGAGGAGUAGACAAUUUAUGUUACCAAGGAUCAGAAGGAUAUUUAUGUAAUAAUUGUUCAGACAAUUAUGAUAUCACUUACUUUAGAUCUCAGUGUUUUAAAUGUAAAAAGGCAAUAACAGAAUUGUUAAAUUUAUUAGUUCGCAAAAUAUUUUUUUAUAUGAUAAUAAUUUUUAUAGCGUAUUUAAAUUAUUUUUGCUAUAUAAAAAGAAAUUUGGUAUUUAUUGGCAUAUUCAAAAUAUGGUAUUUUUUUAUCAUAUGUUUUUUACCUUAUGUUUAUGUAGUAGAGUCAAAAACUAAUUUACCCCCAAAUUAUCUCUUAUAUUUCGAGUUUUUUAUUACUCUACCUAUGAGAUUUAUUACACAUUAUUUUAAAUUAAAUUGUUUCGUUAACUAUUAUAGCAAUAAAAAUUAUAUAUCCAUAUGGUACAUUCAAAGAUUCAUAAAAAUUGCAGAACCAAUGAUUGAUUGUUUCCUUUUGACUAUAGUUUUUUUCUUGUUUUAUCUGAUAUAUACCCAUUUAAAUCGUGAACGAAUAACCAAAUCUCUAAAUGUAAUCACAAAGCAGAUAAAUCAAGUACACACUAAUGGAUAUAACAAACACCUGUCCAACUUCUACUAUCAUUAUUAUCAAAAGAAUGUUAUUGAUACUAUUAAUAGUAAAAACAAAAAAGACAAUUUCUCGUCUAAGAUAUGGGAUAAGAUUGCAUUUACGAACAAAUAUUCAUCAGGUGAAGAUACAUCAAAAAGAAAGAAAAGCAAGCAUAAAGAAAAAAAGGAGAAGAAAGAAAAAAAUGUAAAUAAAAAAAAAACAACAACAAAAAAUCCUCUACAUGAUAGUAGCAUGCGUUGUGAUGAUAGUACCCAGUUAACUACAUCUGAAGAUUUUUCAUCCAGCAAAAACUUCUUGAAGAAAAAAUUAUCCUAUAGUAAUGAAAACAUGUAUAAUUUUGAUGAAGAGUUGCUAAUGAAUGAAACAUCCAAUUGUUCUAUGGAGGAAAAUAUAACAAAGGGUACAUACUGGACUUACAUGUGUUCAUUAAACAUAUACAAUAUCAUGGCCUUUGGUUUAUUUCGUUAUAUACAUCCGCCUAAUAUAAGCACGUGCAGUAAAAUAAAACGCAUUAUCUCAGAUUUAAAAGUGAUUUACAUUAUUAUUUUGUAUAUAUAUUUUCCAUUUACGGUUAUUAACCUACUAGAACUUGUGUGGUGUCAACCAGUAAAGUACAAAAACAAACCACCAAUUCUGAUUCUAUAUCACAUGCCAUCUCAAGUUUGCGAUUGGAGAAACAAAUUAUUUGUAUCAGGACUUAUUUUUUCUUUUUUUUUUUUCCUAAUAUAUAUAUUUUUAUUUAUUAUGUCGCUUUAUGGAACACUGAAAAAUUUUAAAGUAUUCGGAUCUUAUGCAAAAAGUGUCAGGAGCUAUUUCUUGUUUAAUGGAUACAACUACCAGAAUAGAUGUUGGGAUUUUUUUAAUAUAGUCAAGGUAAUAUUCGUAGCAUUUUCUUUUACUUGUCAGUUACAUACAAAAAGAAGUAAUAAUUCUAAGUAUUUCAUUUGCUGUUGUGUUGUAUUUGUAUUAAUUACAGAAGUUACCUUAAUUUUAAUGUACUCUCCUUAUGAUAAAAGGUCUAAUGAUAUUUUACGAAAGUUAAGUUUAUUAUCCACAUUUUCAAUACUUAUAACAUAUUUAUCUGUCCAGUUUAGCUUUUUCUUUAACUUUUAUAUAAUUAAUAUAUUGCCCUUUAUAUUAUUUUUCUACUUUCACAUUUAUAUGUUUAAUAAAAUUGUGCUCGAAUUUGCAAUUUAUAAGAAUAUUUUAAUGAAGAUAGAGGAAAAGAAAAAUCAGCCAGAUGAAGAAAAUAUGACAGAAGGAUUGUUAAAUGAUCAGUCCUUUAUCAAUUUUUCAAAACAAAAAAGUAAAAAGACAUGGAACAACAUUGAUGAUCAUGUAGGUAAUUCCGCUAAAAAAGGAGAAUGUAAUAAUGGCUUCUCCAACGGAAGGGAAGUAAAAUUUUUUUUUUUCAAUUUUUGUUAUCCAUCUAUUAUGAAGCACUGUAACUUAUUUGAUUUCCUUUUACGAGUAAAUAAUAUCCCGUCUUAUUCCAUUUUUUUUAACGAAAAAGAGGAAGAAAUUUUUGUAUUUAAAAAAGGUUGUUCUGCAAAUACAUACGAAGAAAUAGCAAAUAAUAUAAAAAUGAAUACCAUCAAGAGAUCACAAACAGGUGCAAUUAGUUUGGAUUUAUUACAUUCAGAUUUGCUUUAUUAUAAUAUUAGAGAAUCUUCAAAACAUUCCAAUUCUAAUAUUAAUGUUGUAAACUUAAAAAAAUCGAACACCAAUUGGUUAAAAUUUGAGAGUAAAAAAAGAUUGUCUAAGAAGUUUGAAAAUUUCAUGAAGAAGGGGAAUAAUGUCUCUAUGAAAAAUAUAAGCCAUUUAAAUGGUAGUAUGAAUACAGAAAAUUCAGAGCACUAUGAUACCCAAUCAAUCAAUAUAACGCAUUUUACAAAUUGUUUAAUUGAAGCUAUCAACAUUCUGUUUGUUAAUCAGUCGUACAACCAAAUAACCGUAGAAUGGAUUAGUUUUGUUACACGAUUUUCUAUCUGUUUUAUACACUGGAUGAAAAAGCACGACGAAAAAUUAACUAACUUCGUUCCUAUAAAUACAAAACAAUUCGAAGUGAAAAAAAGAAAUCUCCUAUUUUAUUCAUUAUUUAGUUCCUAUGCAGAAAUGUACACUAUAUAUCCAAACAUUAGUAAUAAUAAAAAAUUCGAAGAGUGCAAAAAGAAGUUUAUCGAAGCAGAAAAUUUAGAACAAUUUUACUUAUACCUAAAUGAGUCAAACAAUAUGCACAAUAUAGAAGAACCACGCAUAGGCAGCCAAAGUGAAGAUGAAGAUAAAUCCGAAAGUUACACACCUUGGAAUUUUUUGGGUGAUGAAUUUUUCAGAUGUGAACAUGAUAUUGUAAAAAUGCUUUUUGAUGAAAGCGUAUUUAAAAAUUUAUCCAUCUCUAUAGUGGAAUUUUUCUUUGCUAUUUAUAUGAUUCAAUUUAUUGAAAGUAAGAGGUUAUCAAUUUUAAUUUUUUUAUUUUGCGAAAAAAAAAAAUAUUUAAAUAACGAAAGGCAGUUUUUAAAAAUGAUAGAAGCUAGGAAAAUGGAUAUUCAAUAUAUUAUGUGUACACAGGACAACAACCUCAUGUACGAUUUUGUGGAAUAUAACUAUUUGAAUGAAUAUAAUCAAAAUAUUAAAAAAAAAAUUAAAAAAUUAAAAAACUUAAUUAAAAAGAAGGAGAAUUCCUUUGUGAAACACGAACAAAUGAAAAUAGUGGCUUGUGCACAGAAAGAUAAAAUAAACAGAAUGAGCAACGCAAAUGCUUUCUUCGUUCAGACAUUGAAGAGACUAUUGGACGAUUCAUCCAUCAAGCACGUGGGAUAA